ACAGGGUUGUGUCUGUUGCAAAGAAUUGUGAGUUAAAGCAAGCAAAAACCUCAGCAAAUAAAGGUAAGCCCUAAAUAGUUUAAAUACAAUUGUCAUCGGUAAGAGUGGACGAUGAAGCGGAAGGUGUUAAACAUAUCACUUUCGUGAGCUAAGCUAAAGGCACUUACGUUUUUAUGCAGUACUUAUCAAAUUGACGUCUUCAGGUUCAAUUUCAAGAAUCUAUUUUGUCCUUUAGUUCUGCGGCAUUUUGAUCUCGGAUCAAUUUGAUCUCGGAUCAUUAAACUCGUCAAUUCCCAAAAAGCUGACAUGACUCGUUUGCGGCAAACUUUCGUGUUAAAAGGAAUACUAAAGUAAGGCAAACACGUCAUGUUCGAACUUGCUAAAAACGGAAGCAUAACUCGAGGUACGCGCAAUUUGUUUUGGGAAAGAAGAAAGAACAAAGAUAAUUCGGUUACAACCGGAUAAAUAUGCUUCUCAUAUAUCACUGAACCAGUGUCCGAGUAGAGUAUGUUUUGAAACCUACUAUGAUGCAGAUUGUUACUGCUGCAUGGCGUGAAGUUGCAUCUAAUAAAGGUGCCAAUGCGAUUAAAUUUUUCACUUUGGUGACCAAAUCCUUAUAAUUAGUGGCCAAAUUGACGACUAGAAUGUUCUAUCAUAACCUUACCAAGAGAUAUAGUGAAUUAAAAAGAUUUGCAAGGAUAAAUUCGCGGCAAACUUCCUCGUUAAGUUUGUUUCCAAAACGCAGCACAUGCAUCUCGAUGGAUAACUAGACGCGAUCUUGGAUUAAGGUGAGCUUGAACGUUGUAUAUCAUCCAUCCUAGAGUCCACUUUGUGGCACGUUAAAGAUCUUUUCAAUAACUUAAUUUUGGAGGGUCUAUCUAGAUCGAUGACGGCGUAAAUGAAGGUUUUGUUUGUGUUUGAAAAUGGCGACCAACUCGUUUUGAAUCGGCUAUCACCUUGAAGAAUUUAGGAGCCAAGUGGCCAUCAGAAAAAAAAAUAAUUUCACGCCCUGUGCUGUGCUUUUGGCCCCUUGUUUUCUAUUAUCAAAUAUGUUUCCGAUAUGGUUUAGAAUAUUUGGAGCUUAACUUUUAGAGUGCAUCUGCGGCCGCACUAACAUCUAGCAGAUGCCAAGCCCGAUUUUUCUAAUUUUUAUUGUAGUAUUAAGAAAAUUGAAGACGGAAACCUUUGCGAAAUUUGCCUCUUAAAUUGCGAAAUAACUGCUAUCUUUACAUUAAAAAAUGGCCGCCAAGAGUUGUCCACCAGCGGGGAAAAAUGUAGUCAUAGUCACAGUAGCGCAAACUUAUUUGUUUGUUUGAUAUCGAAUAUAUCGCUAAAAAUAAGAAAAUUCCUACAGGAACCAGGAGUUUUGAAAGAUAUUUAAUACUGCGAGCAACGACGCGGAGAGAUAAGUUUAAUUGCUUGCCAUGAGAAACUAACGAGAAGGUUCGAGCUCAGCAUUGGCGGCCCAAGGUCCAGCGAGGUGAUCAUAUGCGUAAGAAGCGUCCUGCCGAAAAUAAAAGAGUUUGUUUGGGAAUAUUUGCGACCACUCUUAGGAGGUUAAAAAACCGUGAAAUUUGCAAUAAAAAAUGCCUCACUUACUUCCACAGUACAUCGCUUGUUGUCUGAACGCUUACUUUGUUAAAACGAGGUCAUUAUAGCGAGUUAUCCAUUUCUAGGUUUCUUACUCUUUAGAGAAAAUAUGGUUGCAAACUCCAUUUCCGAACAGCUGUACCGAGAAGCGAAAAAUCCAAGCUCAAAAUGACUCAGCGGCCACAAAUCCAACGCAGAAUUCUGCCAAAUUUCAAUUCUCUACCUACUCAAUCCUGCCCGUGGAACCGACGCCAAGCCGCUGUUUGCUUCCAAAAUUUCCAGUUUACACAUUUCUAACGACCCGCGUACACAUUCACGACGACACGCGACCGUUUAAACCAGCUGGAUUGAUACCAACUAUCGGCGUAGACUCUUACUUUCCAAGAGCUGUCAUAAAUAUUCUUAUGCAAACUCUUUCAUUUUCGCUCAGCUGGAGCUUGGGCCACCUGUGAGCUCAGAAGCAGUAAUGCGCGUCAGGUAUGUGCCUCAAACCACAAAGGCCACAUAGAGUUCACUCAACAUAAGGAAGAUGGCAUGAAAUGUUUUUCUUGCACAAUUCAGACUCUAUAACUAUUGCAAAAAUAGGCAAAGAAGUCAAGCAGCAAUAAGGACAUUAUUAGUAUGAUUCGAAUUUCUAAAAUGACGCAAGUCACCAGCCCCAUUCUAAUGUAGUCAUGGAAGGGAAACUUUUCGCUUGAACAAUAAUUGUUAAGUAAUAAGUAUUAAUAGCCGCACGAGCUGCAUGUAUUGUCCGAUAUCGCUGUCCCAAUGAAAUCGAAAGGAUGAAUGGUCACAACUGCAUAACAAAGGCAAUUUUCUUUCUACCUUAAAAAACAAGAAUCGAUGAUGAGUUAAGCCGUAUCUAGGACUGAAAAUAUUAACUUUUAUUAUGUUUUUUAGUUACUUUGAGAAACCAAGAUAUGAACAUAUUUUAUGAGUUUUUCGAUGGGAGAUAGAAAGUAAUGAUAAAGGAAUAUCAAAAAUCAAUAAUGAUAAAAAAACUAAAAUCUUAGACAAUCUUGCUUCUUAAUUAUCACUUUUUCCAAUUGCUCUUUAAUCGACCAACUAACACCAUUCAACCUCUACGUUAGGAGGCAGCCGUGAACCCAAAUCCUAGAAAGUUUCUGUUGAAUCCAUACCAUAAAUUUUCUCAGAAAAAAAAAACUCAGCGGUCUCUAAGAAAGUGAAUUUUUAGUUGAUGCAUAAACUAAACACUUCCCUUAGAUCUUCAGGACAUCCGGUUGUGGAUCCAUCCGUGUUGUAUUUGUUUUUAUCUUAAAAGAUAUGUAGUUGGAAAGCUUUUAAUAGAGAGAUUACUCAACUUUAAAAAUACAGCAUUAAUAUUGCAUUUCCUUCUACAAUUUACCCCUUAACUUAAUUGAUGUUUAUGUUAGAUGAAAGUUUCCAAUAAAAUAGAGAUCACUCAACUGAGCAAGAAUAUAGUAUUGAUACUAAUUUUAUAUUUUUUAGAAGAUUUAAGACCACACAUGGAAUAUAUCGAGCCUUUACUUUGCUGAAAGAGAUUUUCUUUGAAACACUAAAAUAUGUAAAAGAUAAAAUGAAGUAAGUUGCGUUCGCAGCCGUAAAUAUAUAAUUUUUUUUAAUAGGUGGAAGGAAAAAUUGGCUUGUGACGAGUCUGCGGUAAUAAUUCUUUGCACCCAAAGGAUUCUUCUAAGAAGGUUAAUAAUUCAGCCAGUGCGUGAAUGUAAGUUAAUAAAGUCAUAAAUGGCUAUAAGAGGUAACUUGAGAAAGGAAGGAAAUUUGGAAUUGCUUUUUUAUGAAAAUUGUGGGUCGCAGCAGCUGGCUCAGGAACGCCCUAUAUGAAUACAAAUUAUUUUUUAAUAUUAUUUGAGUAAUUUUCGUAAUGAAUAUUUUUGGUAAUAACAAUUCCCUUUGGCUAUAACAAAAAAACGAUCUAAAAAAAAACCUGAUAAAAUUUCAAUACAAAACUGGAAAGCUUUGGUUUCUUGGUAUGUUCCUAACAUAGAAUCGUAGGGUGUAGGCUGAUCGAUCAUUAAUGUCAAUUAAAUCUGGAAAUAAUGUCCUAACAUCCAUCAAUAAAUUACAUAUACACAACUAUGAAUUCUUAUAAUUACUACUUCUGAAAACCAUCUCUUUCUGACAAAGAUAACAGUUCAAGAAAAGUCCUGAUAUAAAUUCAACAAAAACUAACAAGUUUUUGUUUCUCGGCUGGCUCCUAACAAAGACAUCGUAGGGCAUUAAUUGGUGGAUUGAAAAUAUAAUCGUUGACAAAAGCAGUAAUUAAAGGGAAGUCAAGUUUAUUUUGAAUUUACGUUACGAUGUUAAUAACUUGUAAACUCAAGGCAUUUUAGGCUUAAGGAAAGUGUGUGUGUUCUGUGGUGUCCAAAUAUAAACAGAAACAAGCCUGUUACAAAAUUCUCCGGCUCCCUUUUUAAUUGAAUUCUGCACGAAAACAUUGUUUGAUGGGGUAGCCAAGUAAAGACAUCAAGUCCGAGUUGUUUAGCUAAGCUCCAACGUCGACGGUUGCUAUAAACAACAGGUAACAUAGGUGUUAGAUAAAAACAAGACGUCAAUGAAAAGGAUAAGAUAUAAUGGAUUUUAAUGAGAUGGGGUGCAUUCGGUUGCAAGAUUGCAUAAAAAAAAAAGAAAAAAAAACCAGUGGGAACAGCAAUCAUCCCAAGACAAACCAGCCAGAUACUGUGUGGAUGGAAAGGAACCAGCGGCUGAGGACCGAAAACAACGUCUCCAUUGAUUAUUUUGAAAUAGGCUAUCGAAAUGACCCUUAAGAAACGAAAAUAUAAUUCAUAAGAAGCUAACAAGGGGUCGUUUUGACGCCAUAUAGAUUCUAAAAGCUUGUAAAUAAAAAGCUUUGCAUAAGUUCUUUCAUCAAACUGCAAGAUUCUUGUACAAAACAAGUGUGCACGUACAAAGCGGACGUGAAACUGCUCUUAUCGUUUAAUGAUAUAACAUGCUGGUCUGAACCAAAUGUGAAUUUUCUUAGUCCUUCCAUUUUAACGAUACUUUUACUCAGAAUUUUAGCUCGUAUUACCGGGAUAUUUCCCAUUAAUUGUUCUGUUUGGAAUGGGAAAUGGAUGAAGAAAAAUCUCUAUGUUUAAUCUAAACAUAGAGAUUUUACAUUGAGGCCUCACUGUUCUGGAGAAAGCGUUAUUUUAUGAAACCAACACCGUUCUAUUAGUUUCCGUUUGAAUAAGAAAGAAAAAAGCUGUUCUAUUGCUGAGCUGUUUUCCGUUACUGAAUCUCCAUUUCCAUCUUGACUGUCAACAAGUUUUUGGAACCUGGUGUGCCCAAUUCAAGCCGAUUCGUUGAGAAAUUGAAAAUUCGACCCUUAAACUUUAACUCCUGUUCAAGAAACUGUUAAAAUCGGCAAAAAAAAUCAUUGGACUACUUUCGAUAGUUAGGUUAAAAUCUUAAUUUUAAUUUUUUCUUGAAAUAUUUAUUAACACUGGUGCUUCAAAUUUCCAAAUAAGCUUACUAGCAUGAAACUCAUGGCAUGCCUGGUCAUGGCCAAAGUUAGGAAACUGUCAGGGUGACAAAACAAAACUAGAGAAAAACAAAACUGCGGGAGUCAAACAAAGUUACAGAAAUUUUUAAUAGGAUUCAUUGUUAAUAAAAAUUGCUUAAGAAAGCGGCUUUAUUCACGCUUCAAGAUGUCUCUCAAACACAUAAUGAUUCAGUCUAUAAACAAGGACUGUAUGUACUCUUUCACGGUCAUAGUGACAAAUCAGCAAAACAGAAUUAAUGGUAUUCUGUUUUGAAUUGGAAAUGCGUUGAAGCAAAAUCUUUACGUUCAAACUAAACAUCUUCGACUUUACGUUGAGGCCUCGCUGUUCUGGAGAAAGCAUUAUGUUCUGAUACUAACACCGUUUCAUUCGUUUCCAUUUGAAUAUGAAAGAGAAACUAUUUUAUAGCUGUUAUGUUUUCUGUUACUGAAUUUCCAUUUCCAUCUUGACUCUCAAGAAUGUUUUUAUGGCGGAUUUAAGCCGAUUCGUUGAGAAGUUAAAAUUCGACCGUUAAACUUUAUCUUAUGUUUGAGAAAAUGUUAAAAUCGACAAAUCAUUGGACUAUUCAUUAACACUGGUGCUUCAAAUUUCCAAAUAAGCUUACUAGCAUGAAAUUCAUGGCAAGCCUGGUCAUGGCCAAAGUUAGGAAACUGUCAGGGUGACAAAACAUAAAACUAGAGAAAAAAAAAACUGCAGGAGUCAGACAAAGUUAGGUUUAAAUUUAAAUUAAAAUUUUGUCUUGAAAUAUUAAUUAAUACUGGUGCUUCAAAUUUCCAAAUAAGCUUACUAGCAUGAAACUCAUGGCAAGCCCGGCCAUGGCCAAAGUUAGGAAACUGUCAGGGUGACAAAACAUAAAACUAGAGAAAAGACAAAACUGCAGGAGUCAAACAAAGUUAGUUUUAAAUUUAGAUUAAAAUUUUGUCUUGAAAUAUUAAUUAACGCUGGUGCUACAAAUUUCCAAAUAAGCUUACUAGCAUGAAACUCAUGGCAAGUUUGUUCAUGGUCAAGGUUGGGGUCAUAGCUCAAUUCUCAACACGCAAAAAAAUUCAAGAAAAAAUAUAAUGUCAAAAUAAAUGACUUCAAGGCUUUGCCUACUCCGAUGAUCGUAAUCUGGACGACUUCGUCGAGGGAGCUUUAGCAAAGACGAUAGAUGUGCAACAAUCUAUGCAAUUAACAAUUUCCAUAGUAAUUUUCGAGAAUUCCUCCAACCUCCCAAGUAUUUAGAUGAGAAUAUGCAAACAUGAAAAAAUUCCCUUAUUGCUUAAGCAGUGCAUGCGGACUGGUUGUAAAAAAUGUACAAACAACGUUAUGAUAUUCCUAGACCAUGUUGAAACUUUCAGCAUUUCUACAUUUUACACGUAGCGCCAACGAGAAAGUAGGAAAAGACGCCAACCUUAGAAUUUUUGAUGUUGCCAUAUGUGUCUUGCAGAGUCGAUACCUAUAUCAAAACAUUUUGGGAAGAGAAUUCAUUUCACGUAAGUGAAUUUAACAAGCAUGAAAUCUACCAACGACAUAAAGUUUUCGAAUCAUUCCUGUAUCUUUUCUUUGCUUCAGUGAAUUAAUUCUUCGCGUGCAUAGCUAUUUAUGAUCUUCUUUGGAGCGUACCCUCAUUAACAAUUUAUCCCUCGGAUCGAGUAGGAACAUCAAUCAUCCAGAAAUCAGCCAGCUAUCGCGAGGAUGGAAAGGAACUAGCAGCUAAGUACCGAAAACAACGUUUCCAUCGAUUAUUUGUAACAGGCUAUCGAAAUGACUCAUAAGAAACGAAAGGAUUUUUUAUAAGAAGGUAACAAGGGGCCGUUUUGACGCCACAUAGAUUCUUAAAGCUUUUAAAUAAAAAUUCCUGAGUAAGUUCUUUCAUAUGCUUGCACAAAACAAGUGUGCAAAACUGCUCUUAUAUGAAAAAGACAACUUUUAAUGAUGGUCUGAGCCAAAUAUGAAUUUUCUUGGUCCUUCCAUUUCCACGAUACUUUAUUCAGAAUUUUAGCUCGUAUUACCGAGAUAUUUCCUUUAAAAGUUCUGUUUGGAAUGGGAAAUGGAUGAAGAAAAAUCUUUAUCUUUAAUCUAAACAUGUUCGAUUUUACAUUGAGGCCUCACUGUUCUGGAGAAAGCGUUAUUUUAUAAAACUAACACGGUUCUAUUAGUUUCCGUUUGAAUAAGAAAGAAAAAAAUGCGAUGAAGCAAAAUCUUUACCUUUAGUCAAAGUAAAAAGCAAAAUCUUUACGUUCAAACUAAACAUCUUCGACUUUACGUUGAGGUCUCGCUGUUCUGGAGAAAGCAUUAUGUUCUGAUACUAACAUCGUUUCAUUCGUUUCCAUUUGAACAAGAAAGAGAAACUAUUUUACUGCUAAGCUGUUUCCCGUUACUAAAUUUCCAUUUCCAUCUUGAAUAUCAACAAUGUCUAUAUGGCCGAUUGAAGCCGAUUCGUUGAGAAAUUAAAAUUCGACCGUUAAACUUUGUCUUAUCUUCAUGAGACUUUUAAAAUCGACAUAACAAAUCAUUGAACUACUUUCGAUAGUGAGGUUUAAAUUUAAAUUUAAAUUUAAAUUUUGUUUUGAAAUAUUAACACUGGUGCUACGAAUUUCCAAAUUAGCUCACUAGCAUGAAACUCAUGGCAAGCUUGUUCAUGGUCAAGGUUGGGGUGACAGCUCAACAAAACUUAAAAAAUAGAUAAAAAACAAAAUUGCAGGAGUCAAAAAAAGUUAAAGGAAUUAUUAAUACGAUUCAUUAUACAAGACAAAUGCUAAAGAAAGCGGCUGUAUUCACGCGCCGAGAUGUCUUUCAAACACAUAAUGAUUCAUCCUGCAAACAAGGACUGUAUGUGCUCUGAUUUGGUCAUGGUAACAAAACAACAAACAAAACUCAUAGUGUCAAAACAACUCAGACUCCAUAUCAAAAUAACCAUAUCGCCGAUCUAACGAAUGUAAGAGGUAAUUUUUCACUAUUUCUUGAAAAAAAAAAAGGAAUCGGGAAAAAGAAAUGAGUGAGGGGUAAGGAAGCGUGCAUUAUUAAGCGGAAUCAGUGAACUCACAAAAACCUUUACUCGGCUGUCACAAAUUCUGUUACGGUCAAAGGCAACUCUCUUUUUGAAAUUUUAUCUCUGUAAAUGGUACAUAUUCAUCAGGGAUCAUUAAUGACGCAAAAAAUACCUGGAAAACCGCAACAGAAAGAAUUCUGUAAAAUAAUCGAUCAUACAGCAGGGUAACCUUGCCGAUGAAUUUCACUGCCCAUUAAAAAAUUAAUGACUGAAUGGAGAAAGCAAAGUCUCUACCACUCCUUCUCACCACCUAUGCUUUUAGAAACUCAUGUUCUGAUAUUCUGCCAAAUUGUGCCAAUCAUAUUGAAUCUAUGAGAUGAUAUUUUACAAAGUAUUUAACAAGCCUUCUAUAAAAGUCAAAGAAAGAGGUUGCUUUCCACUUAAAAUUCUCCACAUGUUGUGUUGCUCGAGAUAACUUAUGUUGAAAGUUUGGUCUUUUACUGUCUUUGUGAAGUUGCCCUGCGUGAACCCAAAAUAAAUUAAAUAAGUCAUUAUAUUACUACAGCUUGAAGGAGAUAGGAAAAAUUAAAUAAAAAAUUAGUGGGAUUUCCGAUUGGGAAAUAAAAGGGUUAACACUUUACAAGUUGUUGCACUAAAUUGUGCUCAUUGAAAUAAUGAGUACUGAGUAGAAAGUCAAAAGGCUCCCUCUCAGAAACGCUUCUCUACAAACAGAAAACUGUCAGAGAAUCCUCAAAAACACUCAAAGACAACUACAAAACAUCUCAAAGCUUUCGCAACACGCAAAAAAAUAAAUUAAGAAAAAUAUAAAGGCAAAAUACGUGACUUCAAGGCUUUGCCUACUUCAAUGAUCGUAAUCUGGACGACUUCGUCGAAGGAGCUUUACCAAAGACGUGCAACAAUUUACGCAGUUAACAAUUUCCAUGGUAGUUUUCGAGAAUUCCUCCAACAUCCCCAGUGUUUAGUGGAGGCUAUGAAAACAUGAAAAAAUUCCCCUAAUUUUUAAGCGAUGCGCGCUGAGUGGUUGUAAAAAAUGUACAAAUAACGUUGUGAUAUUCCUCGAUCUUCCUGAAACUUUCAGCUUUUGUACAUUUUACACGUAGCGCCGACGAGAAAAUAGGAAGAGACGCCAAUCUUAGAAUUUUUGAUGUUGUCCUACGUGUCUUGCAGAGUCGAUACCUAUAUCAAAACUCUUCGGGAAGAGAAUUCGUUUUACGUGAGUGAAUUUAACGAGCAUGAAAUCCACAUAUGACAUAAAGUUUUCGAAUCAUCCCUGUUAUUUCUUUGCUUCAAUGAAUUAAUUCUUCGCGUGCAUUGCUAUUUGUGAUCUUCUUUGGAGCGUACCCAUUAACCAUUUAUCUCUCGGCUCAGUGAAUACUAUACCAUAAACACAACUCACUCUUAAUAAAUCAUCGAUGGCCUCAAAAUUCUUAUAAAAAGAAAUCUUCUUCGAAAAGAUUAUUGCGUCGUAAGUCCCACUGGGAUAUUUUGCAUUUUGCGUGUCAUUGUCGCGAUUCAAUUCCUUCAGGACCUCCAGCGAUGCAAUGUCUUUUCAUUGUGACUCGAUAAGCAUGCACUUUUACCUGAAGAGUCAUCGUACAGUCCCAGCAAAAUAGUGCAAAUUCCGGUGAGCAAAAAAUUGCAUUUUACGCUAAAGGCAAUUUUCUUUAAGAGCAAUUGAGCUACUUUAAAUUUCAUGUUCGUUUCAUGAUUCUUAUUGGAAUCGUUAUGUCCUCACAGCUGUAAUAAAAGAAGUCAUGAUCUAAGAGAGUGGCAGGGGUUCCAAGGAGACGUCUAUAUUCGCUAUCUCAUUACCCAGGCAAAGAUACGGAAGAGAAAAGAGAGAGGGAUUUUUUAAAGUUCGGAAAGAAGACUUAAAGUGACAAUCAAGAGCUUAGAUAAUGAAGAAGACAAAGAAGCACAUGUCGUCACCAGACCCCAAACGAGGCCAUCAUGUUAUUAACAAUGGUGUGAAGGACAUAUACCCUGACAUUUUAAAAGGUUUUGUCGAUACAUACAGCAAAGCCUUUUUCGGUAGCAAUAACUAUAAAAACCUUGGAGAACUGGGUAUCAUGAACGAGCAUGGUCUGCCGGUAGACUGCGUGCUUGGGGUCGCACCUUUGCUUCCUAAUACACAUACAGGAAUACAAAACAGCACUGUGUACGCUCCAGGAAGAGAGAAACACACGAAUUAUGGAAACGCUGUAAAAUUCGGUUUGGCUAAAUUAGGCCUUUUAACCAGAGUCAAUAUCUUAAUGCAUGAUAUUUGCAGAUCACUCAGAGACAGAAAAGAAAUGCCAAACGAUCUUGAUGAAAAAAUGGGUGAGCUCCGUCAGUUCAUCAGUGACGAAUUUAACAGAGAUGUGUUUGUUGAUGAACAAGCUAAAGGUUGGUGGGAGAAAGAAAGAGGUCGAGGUGGCGCCAAAAGGCUCGAAGACUGGACACAGGAAGUGGAGAGAAUGUUAAUGAAAAUAGCAGGCGAGGACAAUAUACAGCUUGUUGUACAUUGGGGACAAUGGGCUUUUCGUGUGGCACAGGGAUUCAAAUGCAGUCAUGUGAAAUCAAAAGUAGAAUACUAAAUAAGUCUUUGUCAUUCAUACUUCAAAUGAAAACACUGUAGGAUUAGUUGUGAAUAAGUAAUUGGCUUGAGGGAGUCAAUAGUACAUCAGUGUUACGUUGGAAGGAAUCAAUUGUAAAUUGAUGGUUGGCUUGAAGGAAUCAAUUGUAAAUUGGUGCUUUUCUUGAAGGAAUAAAUUGUUAAGUAACGGAUCGCUCUAUGGGAUCAAUUAUAAAUAAAUAGUUCGCUUAAGGCGGAAUCAAUUUUUGAAUCAAUGGCUUGUUUGAUAGCUGCUUGCAGCGAACCAAACCUUUAACGCCAGCCUCACCCCCACCCCUUACCCCCUUCCCUCCCCGCCAAAAGAAAAACAAAACAGAAAAACAAAAAGAAAACAUUAAAAAAACAAAAUUAGGACACGUUGAUGGUCACAAAUAAGACAAUGUAACAGAGAGGCCUCUUCUUGCUUAAUUUUCCCACUUCUUAAAACGUUGUACAGCGGUGUGCCGAUUUGUAAUGCGCACAGCAUAAUAGCUGUCAAUAGAGAAUGUUAAAAAAAAUAAUGAUCAAUAUCAAGUAAGCCAAUCACGAACUACUUUAGGUUAGUUUUUUAUUAAUCGAGAUUAAUGAAUACCUUUUAUCUAUUGAAUAACCUGGACCAGACUGUUAAAACAGGCAACGCAGAUUGCUUAUAGGACCGCAGCUUUCGCAAUUAGUGCCGUUAUGUGAUAUCUUUGGCCUUAAAUUCGGGCAGCAUAAUCUCGGAAGAAAUGCUAUCGAUUUCGCCGAUAUGAUCGCUGGAGCCAGUCAUAUUAGGUGUCAAAUGACUGUAAGCGAUGAACUCUUUCUAAAAAGAUAAGAAAUAACUUAAAUAAACGAAAAAAGCUCCUUGCGAGUCCAUCGGACACCGGGUUGUUUGAUAUCCUCAAAAAGGCGCCAAUUAUUUUUUUCCAAUAUUUGUGCAUCUUAGUUUAAUAUUGAUAAGCUUUUACCUUCGUCGAUGAACUAACAACAAAUGUUAAAAGUACUUAGAAAUGUAUUUCGGCUAGGUAAGCGUAAGUUUUAAGCGUAAGAAUGGCAAAGGAGAGACUAUUUCCACCAAUGUUCUUCGUAGUCGAUGAUUCUCGAAGACCCCAGUCAAUUUAGUGGUGGCUUUUAGCGUUUUCUCGAUCGGAAAUUGUAGUUCUGCUGAACAAUUUCAUCAUACGGUUCUAUCAAUCAAGUGGAUCACGGAUCACGCUGGUUUUCAUUUUGAAAACUUCUCACUAACUGAGUUGAGGGCGUAGUAUUUUUAUGUCAAGUUCGAUAGCUACUAUUCUUUUGACAAGCUAAAAAUUAUGGUGAAAAAAAAGAGUCUAAUCUGUGGCAAAUCCAUCUUAAAAUCCUGUUUCCUCAGGCUCAGUCCUUUCAUAGUGCUCCCCGUUUUCAAACAAUGGCGUCCGAGCGGACGGACGAGCAGACGGACGAGGAAAACUAUUCUGAAGGCAUAGAGAAGAUGUUUGGCCAAAAAAUCUCGCUCGAUCCAGAUGUAAAAUACGUCAUAGACGAAGGGGUUAAGGAGUCAAGAUGGAUGGACCCCGAGAAAAGAGCACAAGUAAUUGAAACUGCAGGAUAUUUGGCUUACGACAUAAUAAUUGUCGAGCGCCUAGGAGAUCAUGCAGAUGCCGAGGUAGCCAAGGGAGCGAAACAGGCAGCUGAAAACUGCAUAAAAAAACGUUUGGAGGAGAUGAAAUGUCGAAGUAUUGAAGAAACCUCACAUGUACCACUAUCGCAAAAAAAAGCCUUUGAUCAAGAAGGUAUCGGAUAUGCAAAAUUGCUCGAGGAAGCGAUGGAGGCCGCUGAAAAGUACAAAGGGUAUAAUAAUGAUGAGGAAAAACCAUCAGCAAACGAAGAACCCUUACAAAUGCUGCCGAAAGAAACUUUUAAUAAGGCGGCUUUUGCAUCUAACACGUCAGUCAAAGAGAUCAGUCGCGCAAAUAUGAGAAAAGAAAGCGCGAAAAAAAAGUGCGAAAAGAAAAAGAAGACCAAAAGAAAAUGAGGAGAGAGAGGGCCAAAGAUAUGUUAAUCUUUUCACUCUCGCGAUAUUAUUAGUCAUUCUCCCUACAAUUCUUACGAUCACCGAUUACGAUGUUAGCUUUUACUCUCCAAAGUUAUUCUCACCUCACCUGUCUGUUUUAUUUUGCAUUGAGAAAUUCUCUCUUUGUCAAUCAUGGGAGGGUUAAACGAGAGUGUUCUAUCUUUUUUUGGUUUAAUUGUUCCGGUGAGUAUACAGACGCACGCGCUCUGAUUGGUCGAAGAUUGCGUCAUAUAUCACCUCGCGCGAAGUGAUUAUGGCGAGGUGAUCAUGACAGGAGCGCUAAAUUUUUAUAAUUUAAAUGGCUGCCUUUUGUUUAGUCAGUGUUACCGAGGAACUGAUGAUCGCGAUAAAAAGAUUCAUCUCCGAGGAGCACGAAAGAUGCUAAUAAGUUUGGAGUACCCACUCUUUAAAAGAAAGAUAUCAAGUAGUUGCUGACUGAAUUAAAAUAAACCUCUUAAUUCUCGUGGAAACGACCUUUUUAUAAGAGUAAUGAAAAUACUGAAUUCAAACAGAAUGCUUUCAGCAUCAAACAGAUAUUUACAACAUAAUCAGAAAGCACCUAAGCAAUUGUAUCCGAAAUAUUGUUCAGCUGCCGGCGACUUUAAUUGUUAAAAAGCGACAUCCUAGAAAGGUGUGUCGGAAACCUUACGGAAUAAAUACGCUGAAAGGAUUUUGAGGUUUCUGAAAAAGGAUGUCAAUAGUUGGAUUUAUUAGCUUUCUCCCAACGAUAUUUAGUCCUCCAGCAUUUCUUCAAACUCAUCAUUUUCACGAUUUAAAAGAUCACAUUGAAGAUUCGACGGAACUGCCCCCAAAGGCGAGAAAUACUUUUUAAACUGUUACAAGGAUUUUGAAAAAGCCCAAGAAGAUCGAUCCAAAUCCAGCUUCACGCUACUGUCUUAGACAUGCCUGAACUUUUAGAGAAAAUGAGAAGAAACAUUAAUACUAUUAUUAAUAUUAAUACGAUAUUAAUACGAUGGUGUACACGUUCAUUUUCGUAACGAGCUCUGCCCGAUUUUUAUUCGGGGAUUAUCGACCUUUUAUUUUCAUUCAUUAAUAAAGUUGAGUUAUCUUUUCAGAAAA